GAAAGCGGAAGAGUUGAGACAGAAAACGAAAGGAAACGGUAACACGCUUCUUUACAUAAGUGUAAUUUAAUUUAAUGUUGAAGUUUUGUACCCGCAUUUCCCAUGUACUAGUAUUUACAUCUUUUUGGGGGAGGGAGGGGAGUAGAUGGGUGUUUGGGAGGGAGGGGUCGUUCUUUAGUUCUUUAGACAUUACUCAUUUAUAUUCAUUCAUCGAAAUAUAAAUAAAUUAUGACUUACUAAAACUAAAAACGCCUAACAAAUCUCACAUCACUUAACUUAAUCACUUUCUCUAAUUCAUAUUCAUAUAACUUUUUGCACUCAAUCUUCUAUUAUAAUAUGACUUCAAAUAAUAAAUAAGUUCUAUAAUUAUCACACGAAUAGUAAGUAAGUAUUUUAAAAGUAAUAACAUUUUAUCAUUUUAAACUUCAAUAGUUUGAGACUUUGUCUUUGAUUUUUUCAUUUAACAGUGUGUGUGACAUUUUUACAUGUGACAGUGACAUCAGUGUGUACUGUUAAGUCCUUAAGCCUUAAUAAGUUACUGGAACUUGCAAUUAGUGAAUCUUCUCGCUCAAGUCUAAGCAAUGGCAAAAUCCAAGAAAAAUAGACAAAAAGACUUUCAGAAAGUGAAAUUUAAAGUAGGUAAAAAACUUCCUAAAGGUGACAAUGUCACAAAUUUGAGUUUCAAGACAAGACAAAUUAAGUUGACACAGAGAAUCAAGGAAGACGAUGGUCAGAAACCAGUCACUAAAAACAAAUUGGGUAUUCAGGUAUGAUUUCUGAAAUCAUUUAAAGUUUAAGCUAAGUAUCAAUGUUAAUGUUAAUAUUUUUAAGUAACUUGAAAUCAAAACCCUUUUUUUGGUAUCUUUUUAUUAUAAGAUAUUAAUAUAGGCAUAGGCCUAAAUCAGGGGUCUCAAACUAAAAUCAUCCGGGGGCCGCAGGAGUAGAGUCUGAUUGAGACUGGGUCGCAUCAAGUAUUUCACACAAAAAUCGAAUACAAAUUCAUUAAAGUACAACUGUUACAAUCUGCUCAACCUCUAUUAAUAACAAAUAAAACAUUAAGGGUUCUCAAGAACUAGGCUUCACUUUCUUCCUCAUACUCCUUGUUGCCAGAGACCUGGUAGCGCUUCUUUUAACACAGCUGAGCAACAUUUGGCUUGAGUGCAGCUCAGUGCAGCUUAAGGAUGUUCUUUAGUAAGUUUGGUCCUGAACUUUGACUUCGUAGUGGAAAAGAGCUUUUCACACAGAAAGGUACUCCCAAAAAAGGCACAUAAUCCGCUUGAACAACCUGGAAAUCUCGGGGAAUGUGGAGGGCAAUGCUCUCAUAAAUUGUCAGUUUUUCCAUUCACCUCUCUGAAUUUAGAAUUGCACUGACGAUCAAUCAGCUCCAGUUGAAGCGCAGGGGGGCUUCUUCCACAUUGAAGGAGAAAGGAUCAGCAAAAAAUUGAAAAGUGGCUCUGAGUGUUUUGAAGUAUGAAACAUGUGAUCAAAUUCUUCCUGUAGCUUUGCAAUGGCAUCAGUAUACUUACAAGUGAAUGGUGUGCCUGAGUCCAUGAGUACUUUGCAUGUUGGGAAAUGGAAGAAGUUUCUCUAAGAACCAUAACACAAGUUUUGUGAAGAAUGCCCUGAAAUUGUCAUAGGCAGCACUGACAAGCUACCCCCUGGUCUUGUAACUUCUUGUUGAGUACAUUCAGCUCCUGUGUAAUGUCAACAAGAAAAGCCAAGUCCAUGAUCCAUUUGGGAUCACUUAGUAAAGGAACAACCACCCUAUCCUUCUCCAUGAAGGCUUUAAAUGCUAAAACGUACUCAAACAGACGGCAGGAGCAGGCCAUAUUUAUUAAUUAUUGAUGUGAAGAGAGAAUAAAUUUUUAUUUUUUUUUAUUAGCAAAGGCCUUUUUGACUAACGCUAUUUUGAAAGUAACCAAGCUGACUGGCUCGAAAUUUCCCACACUAAUCACUCAUACACAUUAGCAGCAAUUUUACUAGAGAUUCUUUGAUACUGUGUCAGUCAGAUUGGCUACGAAUUUACACAAUUAUAUACACAAUAUUUACAAUAAUUGAAUUUUUAAACCAUUCUUAAACCCGCACUUUUGCCAUGUUUGUCUCAUAAAAUGAUAUGAAAUAAAAACUUUUAGUCCGAUUUUAAAACGGUUUUUAUCAUUAUAAUCAACGUCCAAAUCUAUACAAACAUAAUAAAAUCAGAAUUAGACUAGGCUGAGAUUCAAUUGAACCCUUCCCGGAGGGUCACACUAUAGAUAUGAGAAUGGGGAAAACGCUGGCCGCAUUAACAUUAAACUUUGCUGUGAUGUAGCGGGCUGCUAAAUAUCGUGUGCGGGCCGCGAGUUUGAGACCCCUGGCCUAAAUGGUAGCACAGUUAAUUGUGAUGUGUAUCAAAGCUAAUCUGUAUUAACUGGUUUUAAUAUUUUUCAGGACUUGUUACGUCAGUGUGAUCACCAUAGUAGCAGUGCUCGUGUAAAUGCUGUUUGUGGGUUAAAGGAGUUGUGGCUGAACAACACUAGUGAUCUGCUGAUACCUACUAAUGUUAAUGGUUAUGGAGUUAUUCUUAAAAAAUUAUCAACUCUUCUGAUAGACAAUGAAGCAGUUGUUAGACAUACUGUGAUUAAUUUGUUUAAGGUAUGUUAACAUUUCUUUAAUGUAAUUAACUUUUCCCCCCCCCCCCCCCCCUAUAUAUACAUAUAUAUAUAUAUAUUUUACUCAUCUGUCCUUGUCUGGUUAACAUAUCUCUACUUAGAAUUUUAAUAAUGAAGCUCUAGUAUUGUUACCUUAAGUUGUAUCUACUUUUCUACAUGGUACCUUUAAAGUAAAUCUAAUACAAAACAAACUGUUUAGGCAGUUAGGUAUUAUUUACUUUGUUUCUGUCUGGUUUUUAACACCCACUCCUAUUAUUUCUCCUUUUUUAGGUAGGAUAUAUGCAUAUAUAUAUAUACUAUGAAAAAUUACUUUAUACUUAUUUAAAUGUUUUGUUGUUAAACUAAUGAAGACAUGUGCUGAAACGUCUAUUUGUGUAUUAUGUAAAAUUAUUAUUAAAGCUUAUCAUAUAUUGUUAUAUUUACACAAAUUGUUCGUGUCUAAUUAAUCUAUGGCGUUUAGGUAAUUAACUAUACAUUUUUUCUCUGCUUUAGUAUAUUUUGUAUUUCAUGUUAGAAAUAACUAAAUAUAUAGUUUUUGUCAUUUUUUUAAAUCCUCAGCUGAUACUAAAUAGACUCGCUGUCAAGAGUACUGAAGAUAAUAUGAACAGACUAGCUGGAAAUUUAUUCACACACAUUCAUGCCUUUUUGUGUUGUGCAAUGAACCAUGUCCAUGAGGACAUAAAACUGGAUGCUCUCCUUUUAUUUGACACCCUUCUUGAUACUUUUCCUCUGUUAAUGGUUCAGCAAACUGGUGACCUGAUGAAAAAUCUGAUUGGAUUAAUAUCCACUCCUGUUUAUCUUGGAACAAAGGGAAAUGCUACCACGCAGCGAUUGAGUCUGAAUCCAGACAGUAAACUUCCUGCAAUGAAGUUUAGGGCAAGAGUUCUGCAGAGAAUGAAGAAAGCAUUUAUGGUUUGUAUUUUGAAUAUUUGUUGAAACUCAUAAUCAAAUGUUUAUAUGUGACCUAUGUUGUUCAUCCUUUGCACAUGAAGAUGACCAAGGCAAUUUUCCACUUGAGUAGUAGCCUUGACUGAGUUGAAAUUUGCUUAAAAUGAAGGAGAGUCGCUCAAUUCGUCAGCCUUGCUCUCUCUUCCUUGCCUAUUUGAUCCAUUGGCAAGACAUAGUCAAGACGACUGGAAAUGGACUAGGGUGCGUUCUACGUCGCAGGAGUUUUCAGAAUUUUCAUUUUGUCAAUGUCUUAACGCCUACUGGACUCCAUCUCGGGGUUUGAUUUAAGAAUUUAGCUUCACUUAGAUGAGAAGCCGUACAAGUUGAACGAGUCCCAUUCACCCAGGGUGCUGGUAAUUUAUUUGCUCGUCUAGGCGUUUUCUGGGGAUCAAACUCCAGUCCACUAGCUUGGGAUUGACUCAGUUUAGACCCCCCCUCUGCCACCCAGAACUAAUCAGUCAAAAGCUGAAGUUUUCAAAAUUAUUGCAAUGAUUGUUUUAGCCUAGUGCCUGUUUUAAAUUAUUAACUUACUUUGCAUGGUUUUAAAAAAAAUAAACUUUUUUAAUAUAUAUUUAUAUUUUUAGAAUAACAUUUUAAAUGUAUUUAUAAAUUAAAUUGAAAUCAUAGGAAGCUUUGAAUGAUGAUACAAGAAAGAGAUGUUUCAUCACAAACAAUUUAGAAAACAGCCAAGAUACAUGGAGCUCUUUUCCAGUCAGUCAAGCAAGACAUGACACAUGUUUUGCUUCACAAGACACUGGGAUUAAAUUUUCUGUACUUUUUUCUGGAGGAUGGUGUGUAUAGAUCCCAUAAAUAAUAUUUUCUUAAGAUUUUUAAGCUACGAACUGUGGCAUGCAUUAUUCUGUGGUGUGGAGCUUUUCAGAGCAAUUUGGGUGACAUUUGAAAUUGCAUUAAAUGACAGAAAUUUUGAUAAAAUACCCCAAUAAGUAUAUAUUUUUAGAAAGGUAAAUUGGAUUGGGAUAAAGUUGGCCGUAUUGCCCAGCCAAUAAAAAAAUUUUGCUCAGUGUCCUUGGCCUUGGAAUUCUCAAGAGAAAAAAAAAAUCGACAAAAUGUCUUGCUUUCAAGUGCUCAUAACCUCAUUAAUUUCUAUAGAUACACUUAAAACACAAAUCUAAAUGCUGUAGCCAAUUCAUUUAUCUUUCAGAAAAUGUAUAGUUUGCUAAGGUUUUGAUUGCCAUUAAACAUCUGGUCAUUUAUAUAAGAAACUGGGGACCACUGCUAAAAUUAAGUACAAAAUACAAAAUCUCAGGUAAAAUAGUUAUUAUUUACUAGUAAACAUUUAAAAAGGAACUGUGGAACUGAUUUGGUUUGUUUAACUAUAAAAUUUAUUAGUUCUGAACUAUAAUCUGUAGAUUCUGUGACUUAAAUUCAGUCAGUCCUUGCCCAACCUCCGGGCCUGGCUCAAAGUCUAACAGUAGCCUCAGUAAGCCUACUUCAGUAUCACUAAAACUAGUAAAAACUUCACGAAAAGAAUAAUCUCAACUGUUAUCGUCAUGAGGAAUGUUAAAAUCAACAUCAGUAUCACUUAAAACCUCUCCUAAAAAGCUUUCAAACAUAUUUCUAUUAGUUCUUGCACCGGAGACCCAUCCAUAGCGUCAUCCAUUUUAGUUUUAAAAAAAAAAACAGCGAUAUAAAACUCCGAUUAAAAAGUAUUUAUUUUCCCGUUACCACGAAACAGUUUGAACCGGAAGAUGAUUUAAUUAUUAAUAAAAGAAAGUGGCUAUAAUUCCGGUUAAAUAUCGGAUUGGAAGUUGCUUUCAGACCAUAUUUUUUAUUGGCCGAUUUUUUCGACCGCCACAGUAAAGAACGAGAAUGUCGGCCGAUUUUCGGCCAACCACAGUUCGUGGGUUAACCCUUCACUCUUCCACACUGUUUUCUUUUUUUUUUGCAGACACAGUCGUUUUAUUAUGUCACAUCAGUUGAGGCUGUUUAUUGCUGCUUAAAUUUUUUAAGUAUCAAAAUUAUAGUGUAGAUAUAUUAAAAAUUGGUCUAAGUUUUAAAAAGGUAUUUUGUAUUAAAACUUAAAUUGUUUUUUUAAUAUUUGUUUUAAUUGUACAGCCAUGAUUUAGAUGACUACAUUACAAAACCAUCUAGUCUCGAAUCCUUCAUUAAGUUGUCUGUUCCGGUGCUUUUACAGUGCUGGAAAGAGGCACGUGCAAGUGUCGAUGAGCAUUCUUCAUCUGGUAAAUAUGUCCCAUAAAUAUCUCAUAAAAUCUUGAACAUUAUUUAUCCAUUAUUAGAAUAUUUUUUUUAAACCCCACCAGCAGCAUCAUUUUUAAUUAAUUAUUAAAAUAAUAAUGUUUCAGAUAAUUUGGUGCCAGCAGACUGUUUGGAAGUGAUGUCGUUGGUUAUGUGCAUCAUUCAACUCAUGUUUGUCCUUUGCUCAACAAGCCAGAGAAACAACUCGGUCUUGCAGGUGGCAGAUGUUCCUAUUGUGAGGAGUUAACUUGUACCAUCACUCAGUACAAUAAAUAUGAUCAGAAAUUCAUUUUAUGAUAAGAAAUAUUUAAUGGCAAAAAUGACCUGCUAAAAGAUAGGUUUGUUAUAAUUGAGCUUUUGUUACCAACUGAAUUUUCUUUUUUUCUCCAGACCUUGUAAUCAAAGUAACUGGCUGAGGAUAAAAUUUAUUAAUAUUGACAAUAGUGCUUCAGUUUUGUGAAAAUGUUUUUUCUUUACUGCAAAGGGAGUGUGUUGCUGUGAUAAGUAGAAUAUUUCUAGUGACAGAAACACAAAUUAAGCUUCUGUAAUUUUAAUAUAAUAAAUUAUUUAUUGUUAUAGGUGUCACCUGAACUUCUGGUAAAGAAUUAUUUGCAGGACUUUGUAAAGUUAUUUAUGAAUAACUUUCCUUACUCAGUACAAGUGCUUCCUCAGACGAUUAAGAAGAGGAAAAAGAACAAGGACUCCCAAAGUGUGGAUAGCAAUAUAAAUCAGGUUAGUAAAAAAAAAACAAAAAAAUAAUAAGUAUGAGAUUUAAAAAUUUCUUAAUUUUAAUAUUUUCAUUGUGCCAUUCAGCAGCUGACAAUUACUUAUUUAAACAUUAAUAUGACAAAUGAGAGGUUUACUUCAAAUACUAAGUAGAGAAAGUAAGCUUGAAAGUUUUGCCUAUGCUUUAAAUAAAGCUUAAAACCUAAAAAGUGCUUUGAAAACAGUUUGUGGUAAACAUAGUAAUUACUAAUAUAUACUUUCACAGUUCAUUAAGUCUAAGUUUUCUAGAAAUCAUAGUGUUUAAUUUUGUAAAGAAACAUCUUUGUUAAUCUUUCAGUCAACAUUAUUGGCACUGAAUCUUGCAGUGUGUGAUGUCAUGUCUAGUUUUUGCUCAGACCUCACGCUCAAGCCUGGUCAAACUUGGAUUAAAAAACUACAGGGCUAUGUUAUUCAAUUCUUUCAAAGAUCACCCAGUGUAGAGCAGAGCAAGACUCUCAUCAGAGUAAUGAAAAAUAUAUUCAUUAACCCCCAUAUAUAUGGUGAGUUUUUAUUAUGAUACCCUCAAAUUGGGAGGGGAAAGCAAAAAAAUGAAGAAAUGUAUCUUUUUGAAAUCAUUUCUUUAAAAAUCAUUUAAUCUUUUUUUAUUUAUUUAUUAUUUUAUUUUUUUUUUAAUUUAAAUGUAAGGAAGCCUGUUUUUUUGUUGUUGUUAGGCUUUAAGUUUUUUAUGCACAUAGGCUUGGUGAGUAUCUAAAUUAAUUUAAUAAUCACCUAUUUUAUAUUGAUUUUAUUAUCCUGGAUUUUUUUCUUUUAAUUAUGAAUUUAAAAAAUAACCUCAGUAAAUUAAAAAAUGAAGUUUGAUAAAAUUAUCAGAUAUAGUCAUUCUAAAGUCGACUUUUUGGGGAAAUAUUUGAGGGGGAACAAGUGGGUGGAGAUAAUAUAACAGCACUGUCUUUGAGUACCGAUAAUGAAAUGUCAGAUGGCCAUAUUUAUGUGUGUCGUCAGCUUAUUUACAAAUGGGCUUUAGAAGAGUAUAAUCGGUAUGAAGCAAAAACCUUAUUUAUUUUUUCCAUCAUUUCAGAGGUGUAAAUAUAAAUAAAUAUUAACUCUAAGUAGUAAGGAAUUGUUUUUUAAAAUUUUUUUUUUUUACCUGCUUAUUAAUAUAUUAUAAAUUUUCUAAAACAUAAAAAGCCCACUCAUCUUAUUUAAGUGCUUUUGCUGUUUCAUUUAGCACAGGAAUAGUUGUUGUGUUUUAUAUGCUUUGUGUUCAGUACAUUGAAAGUGUUCCGAAAAGACACUCACUUAUAAUGUUUAUAAUAUAUCCCCCCCCCCCCCCCCCUUUUUUUUUUAAAGCUGAUUUCACAAAAGCUUACAAGUUCACGUUGAAGCACUAUAUGACAUGUAAAAAAAUGGUUCAGAAACGUAUGUUCUUCAACCUCUUUGCCUUCAUGGGACAAACAUGGGAUGGAUGGGAAAGAAAUGAUCAUGGGCCUCAGUAAGUAUCCAGUUACAAAAUAAAUUUAGACAGUGAGAGAAAAUGACAGAAUAAUUGAUUUAAUUAGGUUGAGUGUUAAAGCACCCGAAUAAACGUAGGGAAUGAUCCAAAAGAGCUAAUUUGCAACAGUUUGGCAUGAGUCAGGAAAAAAUCAGCUUAUCUGUGUCCACCAAUACUAGCACAUGAAUGUAAAUAGUUUAAGGAUGAGCAUUGUCUUCCACAUAAUUUAUUUUCAAUUUUUUAAUUUUUUUUUUUUGAAGACCUCAUUACAGAUAUGAAUGUAAUGGUGAAAUAACAGCCAUCCUUGAGGAGUUUUUUCAAAGUUUACCUGGUCUUUUGUUGGAUGUUAAGAAUUCAGGAGAAGAUAAGCUUUGGUUGAUGGAGAUCUUAACUUUAAUGUGCUGUGGAUGUACACAGAGAAGCAGCAAAACAUUCAAGGCUGCUCUUCAUAGUAAAUUAACUGAAAUAUUAGGUAUGCCAAAUCUUAGAUAUCAACACAGAAUGAGUUGCUACUAUGAAUAUCUUUUUUAAAAUUUAUCACCAACAAAUUAAAAUCAGAAAGUUCUAAAAAGGAAAUUUAAAAAAAACAGGGACAUAUUUGUUUCUGUUUUCACACAUCUUCAGAUAAUUAAACUUAUGAAUUGUUAAAUUUAAUAUUAUAGACUGGAAAUGUUGCAUUAUAUCAUUUUAUUUGCUUUUUAACAGCAAGAAUGUUUAAAACUGAAGCUCUUUUAAUGUUAGUACAAUGUUAGUGUAAUCAGUUUCAUGGUCUUAGAUUCCCAGACUGGAAUUUUCUGCUAUGAAGAUGAACAGAUUCAGCAGCGUCUAUGCUUUCUUUUGUCACUUGGGGCUCCACUGAGUAGAGAACAACUUAAACAGCUACUACAUUUGCUACGACAUCCACGGGAUAAACCAGUUAUACUGCGAAGGAAAUCCUGGAGCAUUGUUGCUCAUCUUAUUCAUGGUGUGAUUUCAAACAUAAAGUGAGAUAUCUUUAAAGCUUCAGACUCUUCAAAAUUAUCAGACCUGUUUACUCUUACGAUUUUGGCGUACAAUGUACGAUUUUGAGGUGUAUACAUUAUAUAUACAGCACGUUUUUGCUCUAUAAAGAGAAUGUAUUGAACGAUUAUAUGAUGAUAUUGUACGAUUUUAAGGGUUUGAGGGUAAACAGGUCUGAAUUAUACACAAAAUUAAUAGUUAAAAUGAUGCAUUUUGAGUUUUACAUUUAUAUUGACUAGUACAGGGGUCGAGAACCUUUUUGUCUGAGAGAGCCAUGGACACCACAUAUUUUGUAAAGUAAUUUUGUGAGAGCCAUACAUUAUGUUUAAAACAAAAAUUCAAGUAAAUGCAUGUUGUGUAAUUUCAACACUAAAAAUGUAAUAAUUAUAUCUCUGUAUUCUUUUUAAUAACAUUGUUAUGCUGUUGCUAAUCAAUAAUGAGCAUUUCUUACCAUUAAUGCGACUUUUUUUUUUAUAAUUGAACAUUUGUCUGCGAGCCAGAUGCAGCCAUCAAUAGAGCCACAUCUGGCUCGCGAGCCAUAGGUUCCUGACGCCUGGGCUAGUACCUAAAUUUUAUUGUUUAAUCGUUUCAUCUUAUUUUUUGUUAAAUGAAUCAAUUAUUUAUCUGAUUCAGGGAGCAAGUGCCUCUAAAUAAUCAGGUCAUCUUCAACAAGAUGUCUCAGGAUCAGCACAGUCAGUUAUCAGACUACCUCCGGUUCAUGUUUUCACUUCAAAUUGGUACAUUUAUUUACAUUUCGUCUUCUAUAAUUCUCAUAUUGUAAAAUUAGCCUCAUUGAAAAGUCCAAAAAGUUGUAUUUAUAAAUCUCCUUAUAAAUUACUUAAUUCAAACAGGCUCAAUAUGCAGUUUGAUUUGUUAGCCCACAUUUAGUUCGUCUUUUAGCUACCUUGCAUUAGGUGGCAGAAAAUUGUAAAAUAAAUGUUCAAACUGUGAUUGUAACACCCAGGUUAAGCAUGUCUGGUAUAGUUAUAGUCUGUAAGUGUUUGUAUGGUGGUUUUAUUUAUUUUUUUUGCAUUAUAAGAUAAUAAAUCUUGUUAACAAAAGCUUAAAUAGACCUCAUAAUUAAUUGUGGUUUUAGAUAAUGACUUUGAUAUUUAACAUCUGCUGUUAUAUAUAUUUUUAAGGUAUGAUUGCAGAAGAAAUGGAUGGGUUUACACCCCCAGAAUCUGAUUUGAGUGAAACUACUAGAUGGUUAAGCUUUGAAUUCUCAGUUCAAGGAGACCAGUGGGAGAGGCAUGUUGAAAUAGCUAAUGUAAGAAUAAAUGGAUCUCUUUCUGAAUUUUCAGACUUAAGAAUUUUUUCUAUUUUUUCUUAUUAGGUCUCAGUGGUGCAUGGCUUAAGACUGCUUUAGACUUUUGCUGUCUGAAAAAAAAAAUGCAGCAAAUGUCGUGUGAACAUCCUCAUUAAUUUAAGUUUUUUAAAACUUGGAGAUGCUACUCACUGUUCAUUCCACACUUUUUAUCAUUGGGUCACCUUAAAACUAACUUAAUUAGCACAUGAGAAAAACCUCACAUAGUUAAAUAAAAAAAUAGACAUGCUCUUUGUUGCUUUCCAGUGCAGUGUUAUAAUGUUAUCUUAACUCGAAAACUUUUUGAACUAAUUUAGGACAAUGACGCUUUCUAUUUGCAUGUCCUUAAAAAUGGCUGCCAAUGUUCACAAUUGUACUAUUAAAAUAUUUCAGAAAAUUUAAUUUAUAUUAUUAUUAUUACAGUGGUAUUAUAUAGCGCAGUACCCCAGACUAGGGCUGGGCUCACAAGGCUUCACCUAAAAAUUUGCUAAAAUAAACAUGACAAUUUUUUUUUUUUUUUUUAUAUUUAUUUAAAAAACAGCUUUUUAGAAAUAUUGACCUCACCCACCCAAAAACUAUUUACCUGUCUAGCCAUGGAGGGGACCCAGCAGCAUCAAGCAUCGUUUCUCGGUCAAAAAUUUAUCCCCAAUCAUUUGCAGGAUUAACAAAGCUUAAGAGACCUGUGUUUCAGAAAACUUGAUGUAUGUUCAUUUGUCAUUCAGUCUAUAAAUGUAUAUAUUUGAUGGAGAGUUUGUAAAAUUGAAAAGAAUUUGUUUGGUUAUUUCCCAGAUUGUGGCUAAAGAGUUGGCCAAUUUUCACAUUCCUGCCAGCCUGUCAAAUGGUUAUCAUCAGGUAUUUACAUUUACAAGUAACAUGGAACAACUUUGGAAGUCAACAUUGGUAUGUUAAUCUUUAUUUAAUAACUUACAAAUAUUUUGAUUGCUUGUUGGUGAUUAAAGUUUCUUUUUUUUUUUAAAAAAAGACUGUUUAAAGUUAUUUAUACAACAGCAGUCUCUGCAUUUUGUGGAAUAAAAUAAUUUUUAAAACCAUUUAACUAAAGCUAUUUUUGUUCCAUUCCCUCAGGCCAAUAGACCACACAUUCAUAUUUUAUCAGCCUACAGUCUGAUCAAAUAUUUGUAUGAAACAUCCUUCCCUCAUAUUACUGUUAAACCUAGCACAGAAUUUUAUCAAGAGGGUUCGCUUGUCAUUGCCUCUGUGUUGUCAAGUCUCUUCUGUCGUGAUGUUGCUCAUAAAAUGCCUAGUGAAGAAAUGGUGUGGCUGAUCAAGGCAGAUAUCAUUGAAUGUCUUACAAUGAAUUCUUCCUUACUGGAACUUGUCUUGAAGUUGCUGACAGCAAGAUCCCUAGGUAAGUUCUCUGGCUUCUCAAAUCUCAAGAUACUUUUUCUUCAUCUUCUUUUUCUUCUAUAUAUUAAGGGCCCAAGAUCAAUUGAUUCCAGUAUCUGCAAACAAACAUUACAGCUAUUUUUGGAUUAACUAAUAGUGGAUUUUCAGUCCUGUGCUUCAGCAGUUGAGUUUUUUUUUACUCAGGGAUUACCUCACCAGACCUGUUUACUUGUACAAUUUUGACGUACAAUUUAUGAUUUUGAGAUGUCCUUUACAAUUUUACGCCGAGACCCGUCACAACUAUGAUUUUGAGAGUCCGGGUUGAAAAUAUAAAAAUUCUGAUAUAUUUUUUUUCGAUUUAAAAACCUGCAGUUAAGAGCAGUGAUAUGCCACAGUGGUUGUCGCAUGAUUGACAGUUCCCUUUGCGCUUGUACAUCUUUGAAGUCCCGUGGAAUGGUGUCUUGGUGCCACAUAAGUAUGAACAGCUGGAGAAGACAGAGCUGUCCCAACUAAGACUUCUUUGUAUACUUAUGACAGGAUUGAGUCUUCACCUGGUGCUGUGCCGAUUGAGAGAAGGCAUUUAGCAUGUUGGGUCUCAGUUAGGGUAGGGGGUCUUCCAGUUCUUGAUUAAACGGCGCCUGUAUGACACAAUUUAUGGCUUCAUAAUUGAUGGAUGAAGGUCGAUUCAGGAUAUAUAAGGGGGGGGUUCCCAAAUAUUUAAUUCUAUACAUAUCAACACCAUCACAUUUUCGUAAUCAUAGGGGGAAGGGGUCGUCUCGGUAGAAAGUAAGUAUGUUAUUCAAAAACUGCAAUGUUCAUCCAAAAACUCUGUAAAUCCAAAAAUAGAAUAUUUAAAUCUCGAGGGCUAUAAACAUAUCACGCAAUGCUUUGUACGAAUUAUCGUCAUAAUGUUGCCAUGUAUUGUCACAAAUGAACUCGCUACAUAUAGUCUGAUAGUACUCAGUAGUAGAGGUAUUAAGUAAUAUUUUGUCCACUAUAUGUUCAACGUACAUGUGACAUAUAUUUUGUUGGGCUACACCAACGCAUCUAAAUAUUUUGCUUCCCGAUUGGCGCCUAUGCCAAAUUAAGGUUUUCACCAGGCUCUCUGUGUUAAAUUCUAACAAGUACACUCUGAAAUAGCGAAUACAUAAACUCAUAAAUAAAAUAAAAUAAAGGUUUGAGCAAAAAUAAAUAAAACCCUUAUGUAGGUCACAAACCACCAUCUACUAACCGCAAACAGUAGUUACUCAUGUGGGUUACUGUUUGCACCACUGGAUUAAAAAUGGAGAUAAAAUUAUGAAAAUGUUGCAAUAUUUCGCAAUGCCCCCGUGAGGAAACCGCAGCAACCCAUAUAGAAAAAUGUGCCCUCCCACCCACCCACCCUCGCCGGACCAGUAAAAGGACUAUUUUUAGCUCACUUUGUCUUUGUGAAGCAAAUGGGAUUUUAUAGUUUAAUUAAUUAUUAAGGUCCUUUUUAGACAAUUUUUGCGCCUGUUGCUCUUCGCCCCACUCUCAUGGCCCUGCACGAGGGCAACGAGCCCCCAAGGCCAUGCGGCUUAUAAUCUAGGAACCAUUUUUAGCACGGAACAGCCAGUAGUGAAAACCCAUUUUACAUUUUGUUUAUUAAUGUAUUUGUAACAUCAUAAUUAUACAAAGAUUAUUGUGUGAUUUUUUUUUUGGCGUGGGGAAAGCCCAUUGUACAUGCACGGGCGGGGGAGGGGGGGGGGUGAUAAAAAAGUGCGUGUGCAAUGGGGGGGGGGGUAGAAAUUUGACUUAUUUUGUAAGUACUAUAUAGAUGGUCCCUCCUCGUGUUUGUUUGCUUGGGUGAUGCAUGCUGUAAUUUUAUUCUUACGGCUGAACCACGGUAAGAAAACAGAAAUAACUGGAGAAUGCAUUCUCAACUGGUCUGCGCAGUAAUAUUAGAUUUUGACUUAUUUUAUAGGCUAAGGGGUCCAUUUAAACCUAUAAAUAGAAUGCGCAAAACAGCUGUAUGAUUUUUAAUAUUCCCUCUUCCUUUCACCCAUUUACAGCUUUUGAUCCUACUUCAAGUUUUAACUAUGUCAAAUUUCACCAGUAAUUUUUUUUUACCAGUGAUAGACUGGGAUAAUGUGAUCUGCAUGUUCACCUAAAUAUUAAUUGAUGAACAAAGUGAUAGCAGAUACAAAACAAAGUGACCACAGAUAGCAAUAUAAACGUCAGUCAUCUACUUUUAAGGCCAGCUUAACUCAAUCCCAUUAGACGCGCAAUGCCAGUAGUUAUACGUUGUAUAUACUGUAUGUUUAUUUAUUAUUUACAAUGUUAACUAUUAAGAUAGCCGUAUUGUAUCGUACGAUUUUUUUACUAUCUUGUACGAUUUUAGGUGUUUGAGGGUAAACAGGUCUACCUCACCCCUCCAGCAAGUAAAUCUGGGAACAGCCUCUGAUAAAAUUAAACCUGCUUUCAAAGUUUCUAAAUAAUUUUCUUUUGCUUACACUAUAAAGUGAACAGGUGGAAACAGAACAUUAUUUUUAUUUUUUUUUAAAUAUUCUUUUAAAGAUAAAUUUAUAGCUGUUUUAGUUGCAUUUCAAAAUAAUAAUUACACAUUACUUUAAGACAUUUUUCAGUCAAGCUGUGUAAGCAGUAAUAAUUAUAUCUAUCUUGUAGGGUAUGUCCUUCUAUGUUUUGUUAUGUAUAUAAUUAUAUUUAAGUUUAAUAUCUUUUUACCCCCUUUUUUUUUUUAACAGGAGAAUAUAAAACAUCUGAAGAUGAGAAGCAAGCAUCAAAGACCGCCAUUGAUUUUCUUUACUCCAAUGACUCAAUAAAGUCAAAGAUCCUUGACAUGAAAAAUAUGCAAGCGUAAUUACCACCUGCUAUUGGCAAUAGUACUUUUGUAAAUCUUUCUUUGUUCGAAGCCGAGAGAUGGAAAAAAAUAAUGCUGUAGGGUGUGGCAUCAAUUUGGAGUGUCGCCAGUGUAGUUUGAAAUUAUUGUAAUUUUAAAUAAAAAUAUUAAUACAAUAGAUAUCAGUGAAAGUUUUUGAGCAUGUUUACACAUGUGCCAGCUUGGUUAAAAAGACACAUUUUAAACUGUGUUUAACUGAACUAAAGUUCUUCAUUCAGAUUUUAGCCCCUAACAGACCUUGCAGGAUGUAUGGCCAUGUUUGCGCGUCUGCUCUAUUGUAAAUUUCAUUGUUAAACACUAUAUGUAAAGUUUAAUUAAAAAAUAAUAAAGCAACUUUAAUGUCAACCAGAUCAUGAUAAAAAAAUGUGAAAUGAAUUCAGUGUAUUUUAUUGGGGUUUUUUGCCAUGGAAAUGACUUACUUGGCUUCUGUAAUAAAAAAUGCUCCAUCUGGAGUCAGGAGAAAUAU